AUAGUUUUUGCAACACAGCUAUUAAAUAAACACAAGGAAACUAUAGAUCAACAAAAAUUAAAUAGUUUAUCAACAAAUAUUGACAAAAUUAAUAGUGACACUAAAGAAACGGAAAAUAACAAUGAUGAGUUGCAGAAUCUUAUUGAAACAUAUGAGAAGGAUGAUAUUGAAGAUGAUGAGACCAGCAGUAAACAAACUGGUCGCUAUGCUUGGAAUAACGCAGAAACGCUUUUACUAAUAGACUUGUACAAAGAAAACGAUGCGGCCUAUAGUGGAGGUAAAUUAACGUACAAAAAAUGUUGGAAAUGAAUUACUGAUGGCAUGGUAUCCAAAGGGUAAAAUUUAAGUACUAACCAAUGUAUUUCAAAAAUGGAUUCCCUUAAAAGGGCUUACAAGAAAAUUAAAGAUCAUAAUGCUCAGAGCGGAAAUGAUAAAAAAACGUGUUCUUAUUAUGACGAGCUUGAUGAACUAUUUCAAAAGAAGCCGUGGAUUACGCCACUGUCUGUGGUUGGAUCCAAUAUGCCAUUAGGCAAUUUAGAUACUAACAAUUCAUCAGCAACAAACUUGAAGCGUCCAAAAUCAGCGCUAGAAGCGCUGAAAGUACAGUAUCUGGAGCAAUCGUUGGAAUUAAAGCGAUUGAAACGAGAUGACACAGAAAAUUACAGAGACAAAAAAUUAGCAGUUAUGCAAGAUUUAGUAAAAGUUCUUAAAAAAUAAGAUAUAUUAUAAUAGACAUACUUCUUACUUCAGUAUUGUUGGACAAUAAGUUAGCUUUUGUGUAUUGGAAGCGAUCACUUGUUCAAUAACAGGCUUUCGUACACAUGCUUAUUAUCUUUGCAAUAUCAUUGAUAACUGAAGAUAACAAUUUGUGAUAUUAUGAGAUUAGUCACAAUAUUAUUAGUUAUAUGUAAUAUUUAAGUGUCUCCAAUGUUGUCAUUUAAAUAUUUAUUGAAAAAUAAAGUAUCGGAGAUCAGUGUGAUACUAUCGUAAAGGGAUAAAACUGUUUACGUGGUACUAAAUAUUUAGUUAUAAUUAAAUCUUAAUAAUGAUAUAGUAAAUAUAAUAGAACAGACAGAAUGUACAGUUUUACCCCUGCUCAAAAGUGUCCUAUUCUCUCUAUAUUCAAAGGAACGAUUAGCUUAUUAGCUUUUGACUGAUUAAUUAGUUAAAGAGUACGUACUCAUGUUUAGCAUAUAGAAGUAUAUAACUAUACGUUAAAAUUAAAAAACAAUGUUAUGUGAAACUGAAGUUAACGUAAUGUUCAAACUUACUAUAUAUUGUACAAGGGUUAAAAACAUGUAAAAUUUACAAAUAUUGUAACAAAGGGUUUCA